AAUUUAAGAAGCAUGAUGAUGGUGUUAUUGAAUUGUUUAUUUCCCCAAUAUCAUCUGGAGUUUGAUUUUGAUACCUUUAGUAAGCCAUAUUGUUUGUAAAUCUGAAAAUCUUGCAGGUUAGCUCAGUCAUUGUGGAUGUGAUUCCUCUGUUCCUCGGACCACCACCUGACCUCCAAAUUAAUGAUGAUGAUUUGAUUAUUUCAUCCCCCUUGCUGCCCAGUCAAGGGCGGAACCUGACAGAACAUGCAGUUAGUAUUCAGCACAUUCCUACUGGUGUAACUGUCCUAUCCUCAGGUUUGUUUUCAUUGAAAAGGAAGAUUGAAGAUGUAAUUCUCCGUGCUGAGAUGUUGGCACCCCCUGCCCUGGAAUUGGAAGAAGCUAGACGAAUCAAACAAGAAGAAAUGGUCCGUGCCUAUAAUCUAUGGGAUGACCCUGUUAAAUCCAAUGAAAUUCUUUUCAAGUUAGCUGGUAGUGCCAAAGUGGUUGAUGCUCUCAAGGACCUAAAAUACAAGGCUAGAGUAGCAUGACAAAGGCUGAAGAAGCAAAGCUGAUCACUGAAUUGGCUGAGAUAGAUGCUAUAAAUUACAGUAUUUUUA